CGAUGAUAUUUGGUUGAAGAUGAUGUUUACAUGUUGUUUAUAUUACGUGUUGUGUCGGCUAUAAGGGUCAAGUUAAUCAGUACAUUGUAUUUGUCAAGCAAAAUUAUGGUCGAUUUGAAAAAAGGCACAUGGUCGACAUGAAUUUCUUCGGUGGAAGGAUUGACCCACCAUAGAUUGGGAGCUGCCACUUGAGUGCUACUAGUAUCUGCUUUUCCAUCCAUAUAUGUAUAUAUAUAUAUGCUGGAACCUUGUUAUUACAUAAAAAUACAGGAAGACUUCAUUUUCUUCUUCAAUGGCAGUGUCAGAAAUCUCGCGAUGUAGUUAUCAUGUAUUCUUGAGUUUUAGAGGAGAAGAUACGCGCAAAAGUUUCACGGAUCAUCUUUACACAGCUUUGGUGCACUUAGGAAUUCAAACAUUUAGAGAUGAUGAGGAAAUCGAGAGAGGGAAUAACAUAAAAGAUGAAAUUGAAAAAGCAAUACUACACCACUCCAAAAUUUCUGUCGUUGUUUUCUCAAAGAAUUAUGCUGCAUCCACAUGGUGUCUUAACGAACUUGUAAUGAUAUUGGAGCACAAGAAAUCCUCUAAACAUAUUGUGUUGCCAGUUUUCUAUGAUGUGGAUCCAAGUCAAGUCAAGAACCAGACGGGAAGUUAUGCAGAAGCAUUUACCCAACACGAACAAAACUUGGAGUCCAUGGUACAAAGAUGGAGGAAUGCUUUAAAAGAAGUUGCGGAUAUAGGAGGCAUGGUUCUACAAGACAGGCAUGAAUCACAAUUCAUUCAAGAUAUUGUUAAAGAAGUUCAAAAUAAACUUCAUCUUAUUUCUUUGUAUGUCCCUCCUUAUUUAGUUGGAAUAGAUUCUCUCGUGACACAAAUUAAUCAAUGGUUAGAACAAGAUGGAGCAAAUAAAGUUGGCAUUGCAACUAUUUGUGGCAUUGGAGGCAUUGGGAAGACAACCAUUGCCAAAGUUGUUUACAAUCAAAACAUCCCGAGGUUUGAAGGUUAUAGUUUCCUUGCUGAUGUUAGAGAAACAAGUCAGGAUUGCAAUGGUUUAGUCCGUUUGCAAAGGCAACUUAUUUCAGAUAUCCUUAGAGGAAAAUCACAUAAAACAUACAAUAUAGAUAAUGGAAUUAACAAGAUCAAAGAAGUUGUAUGUUGUAGAAGAGUUCUUAUGGUUCUUGAUGAUGUUGAUGAAUUGGAAAAAAUAAGAAAACUAAUGGGAACUAAAAUUCCUUUUCAUCCAGGAAGUAAAAUCAUCAUAACUAGUAGGAACCGAUACCUAUUGAAUGCACAUUUUAUAAGGCAAAUGUUUGAUUUGGAAGCAUCAUGUAGUUGUGGAGGCUUAAGCAAGCAAUUUGAAGUAAAAGAAUUAGCUUUAAGUGAAUCACUACAACUUUUUAAUUGGUAUGCUUUUGGUCAUAACUUUGUGCCUGAAAGUUCAAUGGCAUAUGCAAGAAGUUUAGUGAAACACUGUGGUGGGCUUCCAUUAGCUCUUCAAGUUUUAGGCUCUUCACUAUCUAGCAAAAGUGUGAGUUCUUGGAAAAGUGCAUUGGAGAAAUUAGAAGAAAUACCUGAUAGCAAAAUUCAAAAGAUUCUAAGAAUAAGCUAUGAUUCUUUGGAAGAUGACCAUGACAAAAAUUUAUUCCUUGACAUAGUUUGUUUAUUCAUUGGGAAGGAUAGAGAUUACACGACUACAAUUCUAGAUGGUUGUAAUUUCUAUACAACAAUUGGAAUUGAAAAUCUAGUAGGCAGGUCUCUCUUAACCAUUAAUGAAAAAAACAAGCUAAUGAUGCACCAAAUGAUUAGAGAUAUGGGACGAGAAAUUAUUCGUCAAGAAUCUUUUGAUAUUGGGAAACGAAGCAGAUUGUGGCAUAAGAACGCGUUUGAUGUAAUAAGAGAAAAAAUUGGUUCCAAAACAGUUAACUGCCUCACAAUUGACCUAAAAGGAUUGCUAGAAGACAAUGUUGAUAUGGAAACUCAAGCAUUUGCGAAGAUGAAGAGACUUAAACUGCUUCAACUGGAUUAUGUAAGACUUAAAGGAGACUUCAAAGACUUUCCCAAAAGAUUAAGAUGGUUACGUUGGCAUGGGUUUUGUAUGCAAUCUUUUCCGGUGGAUUUUGAUAUCAAUGAACUAGUUGUUCUCGACAUGCGCAACAGUAAACUUAAACAAGUUUGGAAGGAUACAGAGUGCCUCCCAAAUUUAAAGAUCCUUAAUCUCAACCAUUCACAUAGCCUUCUUAAAGCCCCAAGCUUUUCAGGACUCCCUAGCCUUGAGAAGUUGAUGCUCAAAGAUUGCAUAAAUUUGGUUGAAGUUGAUCAAUCUAUUGGUGAGCUCAAGAUGCUUACUUUCUUGAACCUUAAAGAUUGCACAAGUCUUAGGAAACUUCCAAGGACAAUUGGUUCAUUAAUAUCACUUGAAGAGCUUAUUUUAUCUGGUUGUUCAAGACUUAAUGAUGUCCCCAGGGAGUUGCAUAAUAUGAAAUCAUUGAAGGUGCUUAAUUUAGAUGAAACUUCCAUAUGUCAAACAAGAUUGGGAUGGCAUUGGCUCUUACCGAGAAGAAGUAAAGAAUUGGGUUUCUCUUGGGCAUCUCUACCGUGCUCUUUGGUAAAGUUAAGCCUUGAAAGUUGCAAAUUGUCUGAUGAUGUCAUGCCCAAUGACCUUUAUAACUUAGCUUCAUUGAAAUCCUUAAAUUUAAGUAGAAACCCGAUUCAUUGCCUUCCCGAAAGCAUAAAAAAACUUACAAAACUUGAUGAACUUCUAUUGACUUCUUGCACUGAACUCCAAAUGAUUCCAAAGCUUCCAGUCUUGCCCAAUGUUUUUGAGUUCUUGACAAUAUCUCCAUUUAAAGGAUAUUGGGCAAUUCUUCCAUGCUUCUUUUCUUCCACACGAUGUGUUAUUUUUGGAUGUGAAAAAUUGACUGAGGUUGAAGAUCUAUUCAAGUUGGAACCAAUUGAAAACUUUGAAGAAGAAGAGAUUAGAAGAUUAUUCAACCUGGAUUCCAUUAGCAGAAAUCGACUGCAACUUUAUAGCUACCUAACAGACAGCAUAAUGCUUGCUACCCCACAGGUCUUGCAGGAAUGUGGUAUAACAAGCACAUUUGUUAUAGGAAGUGAAGUUCCGAUUGUGUUUAAGCAUCGCACUAACGAGAACCGAAUCUCUUUUUCUUUGCCAACACCAUCUCAUCCAGAUGAAAAGAUCCAUCGGUUCAGCUUAUGCAUUGUUUUCUCUUUAGCUAGUGAUCAAAUAUUGGAGUUUCUACCAAGUGUCCUCAUUUUCAAUGAGACCAAAAGGAUCAUGCAGAGAUAUCGCUCAAGUUUCAUCGGAAUUCCUGAGACUAAAGAUAACACAAUGUUGUGGUUGAUCCAUUGGCCAGUAACGGAUUGUGAGUUUGAAAGUGGUGACCUUGUGAGUUGCAUGGUAGUGCCUAGUCAUCUCAGCAUAAGAAAAUUUGGCGUAACUUACGAAUCACAACACAACGUUGGAUUUAAAUAUGGCUUUUCACACGUAUCAACAGGAAAUGAAGUUGCCACAAGAAAUAUGAUGAUGGGCCUAACUAAAAACUUACCCAGUUUGGAAUCUUAUGGAAAUGUUAAAGUGCAACUUUGCAGUUAUAUAGAAGAAUCAAAAGUUGUUGCUUCCCCACAGGUUCCCUUUACAAGUUUCAACUUUUAAAAAAUAUUUAUAUACUAUUUUUUAAAAUCUUAUUCUAUAACCCAAUGCUACAGGUAU